AUGGAACCAAAGAAAGAAGAGUGUAAUGAGAGUGACGGUGGGAGAAAUGGAAGAAAAGGCGAAAAGCGAGCUUGUCUGUUAUGUCAGUGUUCACAAGUAAUUAUUUUCACAGUAGUGCGUCUAUUAUGUGGUCCAAUAUCUCUUCUCAAUUGCUUUACAAUACAUGAGAGAAUAAUGUCUAGUAAAUGCCGGACUAAAUUGAGCACGAAGAUGCAUUUUGAAAAUAUGAAGAAGGAGAAAAAAGUGAAAGACAUCAAUUAUUAA